AUGAUUGCUGACGGCAAUGAAGAUUCAGCUGAGGAAUAUCCGUCAUCUUUUUCCGCCCUGAAAAUACAUCCAUCAUUACCGAUUGAGCAAAAUUUUGGAAACGAAAUAUCUCUAACGUUUUGA